UUUAAAAUAACAAAAAAUAGGCUUUAACUUCUCCCCCAAGGAGUGACUCCUCCCCACUGGUUGACGCUUUUCGCUACCGAGACGCCAAUGAACGGUGGGGGUAACGCGCCUCCUUCUUCCGCGGCUAAUGGCGGAGAAUUUCUACUCUCUUUGCUCCAAAAGCCCCCUCCUGACCAUCAUCAGCACCACCAGCCCCAAACAGCUCAGCAAUCGCAGCAGCAAUCUCUGCCGGUUGAUCCAGCCGUCGCGGCAGUCGGCCCCAGUCUUCCUUUCCCCCCGCAGUUUUGGCAAUCCGGCGGUCAGGAUAUUCUCCACCCGCAUCAGUGGCCGGUCCACUCCCUCGCUCCUCCUUUUGGCCCUAAUGGCUUUCUAGGGUUUCCUCAUAACUUUUUCCCAUCUGGAGGGAAUCAAUACAUGGGAAAUCAAUUACCUGGAAAUCUUGGUGAUGAUUUAAGGAGGUCAGGGCUUUUGAGUGGGAUGAAUUCGAGUCCGAAUUCAAAUUCAAUUCAUGGUCUUGUUCAGCAGAAGCAACAGUUGGAGCACAAACUAAAGUUUGGAUCUUUCAACAGUGACAUUCAGGGGACUGUUAGCUUAUCGAACGUGGAUGCUUCUAUGGUUACUUCCAAUUUUAAUAAUGAGUUGGAUAGGAAUCAACAAUUGAGUUCGAAUGCAUUUCGUCAUGGAAGUUAUGAGGCACUGGAGCAAGAACGGAGAAUCAGUGGUGGGGGAUUGGGAAAGCAGCAUCAUGGGGUUACUCCUCCGCCGGGGUUUCCGAGCAAGCCGAGAGGAGGAGGAAGUCUAGAUCAGGGGAAUAGGAGGGCCUUAAACCACAAUGUCGAUAGGGAAACGAUUGGCUCUGGUGAACAUAUGAGCAAUAGGGAUAUUUCAGCCGAGGAUGUUAGAAUUCGUGGUAAUGGGUCUAAUGAAUUGGGGAUUGGUGCGCAGCUUGAUCAUCCUGUGCCGCCAUCUGGCACUAGCCUCCGUUUAGUUUCGAGUCCAGCCGUUAGAGAAUCCUUGAUCACUAUGGAGAGUGAGGCAAUUGCAGUUGGGGCUGGAGAUAGACAGAGAAAGGGACAGGUUCCGGCACAUGAUAGAAGUGGCCAUGAAUUGGACGUCAUUGGCCAACGGAUCGUUGAUUCAUUAUUGAUUGAAGAUGAAACUGAUGACAAGAAUGAAGCUAAACAGCGUCAAAAUUCUCGCGAGAAGGAAUCAAGGUCAGAUAGCAGAGGGCAGCGGCUACUUAACCAAAGAAUGAGAAACUACAAGCGUCAAAUGCGAUGUCGAAGUGACAUAGACAGGCUAAAUGGCCAUUUUCUUGCCAUUUUUGAGUCACUUAUACCUCCUGAGGAAGAAAAGGCUAAGCAGAAGCAAUUGCUUGCACUAUUGGAGAAGCUAAUAAUCAAAGAAUGGCCCAAAGCUCGGCUUUAUCUUUAUGGAUCGUGUGCCAACUCCUUUGGAGUUUCCAAAAGUGACGUUGAUCUCUGCCUAGCAAUUGAGGAACCGGAUAUCAACAAGGCUGAAGUUAUAUUAAAAUUGGCAGAUAUCUUGCAAUCGGACAGUCUUCAGAAUGUGCAGGCCUUGACACGUGCCAGAGUUCCUAUAGUAAAGCUUAUGGAUCCAGCAACUGGGAUCUCCUGUGACAUAUGCAUUAACAAUGUUUUGGCUGUUGUCAACACAAGGUUGCUUGGUGAUUAUGCACGGAUAGAUGUGAGACUGCGGCAAUUGGCUUAUAUUGUGAAACAUUGGGCCAAGUCAAGAGGAGUCAACGAAACAUACCAUGGAACCCUGUCUAGUUAUGCGUAUGUUCUUAUGUGCAUCCACUUUUUACAACAGCGUAGACCGGCCAUCCUUCCAUGCUUACAGGGAAUGAAGACAACGUACUCUGUGACCGUAGACAAUAUUGAGUGUGCUUAUUUUGACCAAAUUGAAAAGCUUCGUGAUUUCGGAUCACAUAACAGGGAAACUAUUGCUCAACUUGUGUGGGGUUUUUUCAAUUAUUGGGCCUACUGCCACGAUUAUACAGAUUCCGUCAUAUCGGUACGGUCUGGAUGCAUAAUCAGCAAACGGGAAAAGGACUGGACAAGGAGAGUUGGGAAUGAUCGUCACUUGAUAUGCAUAGAAGAUCCAUUUGAGGUUUCUCACGAUCUUGGUCGAGUUGUGGACAAGUUUAGCAUAAGAGUUCUGAGAGAGGAGUUUGAACGUGCAGCCGAAAUCAUGCAAUAUGAUCCAAAUCCAUGCGUGAAGCUUUUUGAACCAUAUAAUCCUAGUAAUUGAUGAGUUUGAUUGGUCUUAACUUAAGAUGUAAUUAUAGCAAGUUCUGUCCAUUUUUCUCUUGUAUGUGUCUAUAUCUGCUUUAGGCUUUGUUCUCAAGACUUUUUUCCCUCCCGUGUAAAGUAAGUGCGGGCAACAAACUAUUCGGUAUUUAUUUUAUACCAAUAUGCAAAUCUUGUGGUGAGAAAGUAAAAAUUAAUGUGCAUCAUUUUCAUUUUUUUUUUCAUUUA